AGGCCUGGGCGAGGAGUCGGAGCAUCAACAACCGCCAGCGCGGGAGCUUCUCUUCCUUCGCCCUCGCGCUGAUGCUGAUCCACGUGUUGCAGCGGCGCCCAUGCCCACUGCUGCCCUCUCUGCAGGACCUGGCUAUCACCCAGAACUUGCCGCCCCUGUUCCUCCAGGGCACGGAUUGUCGCUUUUGCGGCGACCUUCCGCAAAUCCACUUGCACCUCGCGGAGCUUCAAAAGUCCUGUGGCCCAAAUGAGGAGAGCCUGGGAGAGCUCCUUCUAGAGUUCUUCCGCUACUUCGGCUAUGUGUACGAGACCGGAGUCAUCGCCAUCCGUGACAUCUCCUCCUUCACUCCACGGUUUGAGCCAGGUCAAUCAUUUUACGUGGUGGACAACCCCUUCGAGCCUACCAAAGAUGUGG